CCGCGCAUUCUUGGCGCCCGCCCAUCCGACAUCGGGCACCCAGACGAGUUCGCUCGGAUCCCGCAUCUCGGAUUGCGUUGCGCGCUCACCUCCGCGCUUCACCGGUUACCUCCGCCGCACUCUGGCCCGGGCGCGGCGCCACCUUCUCGCCGGUCACUUAGAACUAGUAGUGGGGCGCCCCACGACCCACUUAACAGCCUGCGGGUGGCCAAACAUUGAGCGCUGGAGUUGCAGGAGGCGGCGCAGGGAGACCGGCCGCAGGUUCCACCCUCGCGAGCGCGGGGCGUGGCCAGGCCGGCGCGGAGGCUCAGUGCCCUCCCAGCUCCAGGCCGCCGGGCUGCGAAGUUCAGCUAAAAGUUUGAGGCCGGAGGGAGGGAGGCCAGAGUUGUCUUCGCAGACACGGGGCAGAGCCUGGGACCCGCUGUGUCCUAGGGAACAGAGGUGGCGCCUCCCCAGCAAACUGGACCGACUGGAUCCGGCCGUCUCGGGGAAUGACGCGGGUGCCCCCACAGCCCUGGCUCUGGGCGGGGAGGGCGAGCCCCACAACCGGCCCCGCGACGCCCGCCUGGACAGCACCGAUAAGGAGCUGAAGGCAGAAGCCGGCGCCACGGGCAGCGCCCCGACAGCACCGGGGACUCCCAGGCAGCGGGAGCCGCGGGUCGAGGUUAUGGAUCCAGCGGGCUCCCCCCAGCGCCUGCUCCCGCGGCCCUGUCGUGUGCUGGUGCUGCUGAACCCCCGCAGCGGCAAGGGCAAGGGCCUGCACCUCUUCAGGAGCCACGUGCAGCCCCUUCUGGCCGAGGCCGAAAUCUCCUUCACGCUGAUGCUCACUGAAAGGCGCAACCACGCGCGGGAGCUGGUGCGGUCUGAAGAGCUGGGCCGCUGGGACGCGCUGGUGGUCAUGUCUGGAGAUGGGCUCAUGUUUGAGGUGGUGAACGGACUCAUGGAGCGGCCUGACUGGGAGACUGCGAUCCAGAAGCCUCUGUGUAGCCUCCCAGCUGGCUCUGGCAACGCGCUGGCAGCAUCCUUGAACCAUUAUGCUGGCUAUGAGCAAGUUACUAAUGAAGACCUCCUGACCAACUGCACCCUGCUACUGUGCCGCCGGCUGUUGUCGCCCAUGAACCUGCUAUCACUGCAAACGGCCUCUGGGACGCGCCUCUUCUCUGUGCUCAGCCUGGCCUGGGGCUUCAUUGCUGACGUGGACCUGGAGAGUGAGAAGUACCGACGCCUGGGGGAGAUGCGCUUCACUCUGGGCACUGUCCUGCGCCUGGCAGCCUUGCGCACCUACCGGGGCCGGCUGGCCUACCUUCCCGUGGGGAGAGCCGUCUCUAAGACACCCAUUUCCCCUGCUCUAGUCCCACAGGGCCCUGUGGAUGUGCACCUAGCACCCCUGGAGGAGCCAGUGCCCUCUCACUGGACAGUCGUGCCUGAACGGGACUUUGUGCUGGUGCUGGCGCUGCUGCACUCGCACCUGGGCAGUGAGAUGUUUGCAGCACCCAUGGGCCGCUGUGGGGCUGGCGUCAUGCACCUGUUCUAUGUGCGGGCAGGUGUGUCCCGGGCCAUGCUGCUGCGCCUCUUCCUGGCCAUGGAGAAAGGCAGGCACAUGGAGUAUGCCUGCCCCUACCUGGUGUAUGUGCCUGUGGUCGCCUUCCGCCUGGAGCCCAUGGAUGGGAGGGGUGUGUUUGCAGUGGAUGGGGAGUUGAUGAUCAGUGAGGCUGUUCAGGGCCAGGUACACCCAAACUACUUCUGGAUGGUCAGUGAUUGUAUGGAGCCCCCACCUGGCCAGAAGCCUGAGCAGAUGCUACCUCCAGAGGAGCCCCGUGACUCCUUGGGCCUUUCUGUGCCUUAGCCUGUCUACUUGGUCUACCCAGAGCCCAUGACCCUUCCUCCUUUCCUUAGGACUGGAGGGCCUGUGCACAGCUCACGUGGGGUGGAGGGGGCUUUGGGAGAAUAGGCUCUGCCUAACAGAGGCCAGAAUGAGUCCUGGGCCAGGAGCCCAGCUGGCUGGGCCCAGUUGCCUGUGGAAGGCAUCCCCUUUUUUGUUUUGGGAUGCCCACACCAUGAACUAAAUCCAAAUAAAGUGAUAUUCCCA